AGAGAGAGAGAGAGAGAGAGAGAGAGAGAGAGAGAGAGAGAGAGGUGCACGAACAGCAUGGCCAACAUCGCGGUCCAGCGAAUCAAACGGGAGUUUAAAGAGGUUCUGAAAAGCGAAGAGACAAGUAAAAACCAGAUCAAGGUGGAUUUAGUGGACGAGAAUUUCACAGAACUGAAGGGGGAGAUUGCAGGACCACCAGACACACCGUAUGAAGGGGGCAGAUAUCAGCUAGAAAUUAAAAUUCCGGAGACAUACCCUUUUAAUCCACCAAAGGUUCGGUUUAUCACAAAGAUCUGGCAUCCCAAUAUCAGUUCAGUCACAGGUGCCAUUUGUUUGGACAUCCUGAAGGACCAGUGGGCAGCGGCGAUGACCCUCAGAACAGUGUUAUUGUCCCUACAGGCUCUUCUGGCGGCUGCAGAACCAGAUGAUCCACAAGACGCAGUAGUUGCCAAUCAGUAUAAACAAAACCCAGAGAUGUUCAAACAGACGGCUCGACUCUGGUCUCAUGUUUACGCAGAAGCUCCGGUCUCCAGUCCAGACUACACGCGCAAAAUAGACAAACUCUGUUCUAUGGGCUUUGAUAAAAAUGCAGUAAUAGUGGCGUUGUCGUCAAAAUCCUGGGACGUGGAAACAGCAACAGAACUGUUGCUUAGCAACUGAGUCCAACCUGAGGGGCCAAAGCACCUUAUCUGACACCCAGCCCACCUGUGCUCUGCCACAUCCCCUCUGUCUCCAUCUUUUGCCAUUCCUUAAAGGAAUAGUUCACCUAAAAAUUAAUAAUCUGCCAUGAUGUUGUUCCACACCUGUAUGAAAGAAAGUCAUAUGGCUUUGGAACGACAUGAGGGUAAGUAAAUGCUAUCAGAAUGUUAAUUUGUUGGUGAACUAUUCCUUUAAUGUCAGAUUUCUACUCAUUCCUCUCUCAGAAGCACACUCUUUUUCUCUCCAUUUUUUUUUGGUUUACUUUUUUAUGUGCCUUUUUUCUCUCCGUCUUCAUGAUCACCUUCAGAACAGUCCAGCCCCGGCUGUAGCCCCGCCCCCUCUCACACACCCACCCAAUCAGCACUGCAAA